ACCGCACAGAACAGAACAGAAUAAAACAAAUUAAAUGUCUGCUUGAGCAUUAUCAACGAUGGUGAAAUUACGGAUAUAGAUUCCAUUGAAUUUCUAAAAGAUUUACCAUUUUCUUCGUUCAAAAAAUUCCAUUAUUUUCGAAUGUAAAGAAAAUUACCGGAAAUUAUUUGUUUGUGUAUUCGAAUGUAGCUGUCAAAUUUCAAGAGUGCUUUUUGUAUUUCAGUGCUAUUGCGCUUCGAAUGGAUGCUCAUUUUGAAGUGUAAAUAAUAACAUUUGCGCCAUUUUCAAAUAAAAGAAAAAACUUUACAUUUGACAAAGGAAAAAUGAGUAUUGCGCCCACAAUGUUGCUAGUAAAUGUGCAAAACAAUGAAAAACAUUGUUUAAAUUCAUCGGAAUCGGUUAUCGGUCGAGGUUGGUUAAAUUGCAAUGACAAAAGAAUUUCGCGGUAUCACGGACUUCUCAAAGUUAUCUCCCCAAAUUCGGUUAAAGUUCUUUCGACACAUCAGAAUUUGAUGUUUUUUCGAAAGAAAAACAAUGUCGAAGUAAAUCAAAUUGGGCAAAACACAGAAGUGAAUUUGUUUGUUGGUGACUCAUUCGGUUUGUUGGUCGACGAAUUUUGGUUUUCGAUCCAACCAUUAGAUAAUGUAAACAAUGGUGUCGCUUGUUUGAAUGGAAAUGUGGCACAACAAAAUGAAGACGCACCGACGACAAGUGUGCCAAAGCGUAAGACAAGCGUUGAUUCAGAACCAGAUUCAACGAACAAACGAGUAAAAACAGAACCAAAUGAAUACCAAGAGAAUGGUGAUCCAAACACAACACAUCCAAUCGAUGACACCACGCAAAUGCCUUCAACAAGUGAUGCAUCAUCUUCAUCAUCAUCAAUGCACAUUUCACCAAAUGUGAAUAAUGAUGAAACAAAUGCAAAUCAACCGAUAAAAAUUGAACCUUCAGAUUCGACUGAAGGACAAUCACAGCCUGUCAUAAGAAUAAAAACGGAACCAAUGAGCCAAGAGGCAUGCGCUGAUUCGUCCACUUUCGCUCCCAUUCCUUUUGAAAUAAAAACCGAAGUAAAAGAUGAACCAAUCGACAACGAUAAUAAUGUGGCAAGUGGUAAUCAGCGAGAACAACGUCGUCCAUGCUGUCGUUAUGGCAUCCGUUGCUAUCGACGAAAUCCAUUGCAUCGAGCUGAUGAGUCACAUCCAGGUGAUCUUGACUACAGAUUGCCAGAAUAUCCAGAUCCACCACUUGGUGCUCCACCAUGCCCCUUUCUCGAUCGCUGUUAUCGACGAAAUCCACGACAUUUUCAACAGUUUUCUCACAAAGUUACGCGACCAAAAGGAAAAGAGGGCUAUGAAGCAACAGUUAAUCCACCAAUGGCAACAAACACAACGACCAAUACGGCAACCGAUGACAAUGCUCACGAUACAGAUGAAAGCGAAGAAGAUCCAUAUGCAACUGACGACGACCGAGACACUGAUUACCAAGAUUCAUCAGAAUCCGAAAGAGAUUAGAUUAAAAAUAAGUCAUUUUAUGGAUAAAACAAAAACAACUUAACAAGAAUGAAACAAAUAGUUGGUUAAUUUAGAAUGUGGAAAAAAUGAAUUUUUAUUUUUUAUCCCAUU